UUUGAGCACUUAAUGGAAUUAGAAGAGAGGAUAAAGGAACUAUGUGGACCUUAUCUGGGUUGGAAAGGUGCUGAUAAUCAGAUUGUAGUGGACAAGUUAGGUCUGGGUUGCAGCAACAACAUACUCGUAGCAACACUAUUGGACGCCAACGCAACAGUCCUUGACAAGGUUCUAGUCCGGAUCUACGGCAGUCAGAUCUCCUCGAGGCUCCAGGAGGAUAUCUACAUCAACUGUCACCUGGGGACGCUGAGACGAGUACCGAAGAUAAGGGGUAUAUUUGACGGGGGCAGGUUUGAGGAGUUCCUUCCUUCUAAAACUAUAAAUAGGGAGGAGUUCAGUACAAAGUACAGGGAGAUGAUAAAGAUGAUUGCAGAGGUUCACAAGAUUGAGAUGCCGUUAUCGAGGGAGCCGUGGUUGAAGAAACAGCUGACUGACCAGAUCACCAGAGUCAGAAUAGAUCCGGAGCUGUGGAGACGUGAAGUGGAAUGGUUUGUUAGCACUCUGGAGGUGCUGGAAAGGGACAUGAGGGUUACUUUCUGUCACAAUGAUUUUAACAUGAACAAUUUACUGAUCCCCACUACCUCUUCUUCUCCCUCUUCCUCUCCCUGCUCCUCUCCCUCCUCCUCUCCCUCUUCUUCCCCCAAUUCUUCACCCACUUCCCCCACCCCGACCCUUAUUGAUUAUGAAUACUCCGGUUACAAUCACUGUCUCUACGACCUCGCCAACUAUUGCUGUGAGAUGCAAUACGACUGGUCACACGAUAAACCACCCUACUUCCUCUUCAAAUACCAAUGGUUUCCUGACGACACCAAGAUGCUAGACAUGAUCCGACACUACAGGACCCUAGUCCGGGAUCAUGGGGUGCACACUUCAGAUCAGGUCUAUUUAACCCAGCUGAAGUUCCUAACCCUAGGCAGUGAGUUGACCUGGACUCUGUGGGCUCUGAGUUAUGAGGGAUUUAGCUUGGAUAUGGAGCCCUAUCUGGAGGUUAAACGUGAGAGUUAUUUUAGGAAGAAGAAGGAGUUCCUGGAGGACAUUGAAAAGCUUGUUGGAUCCUAUGAUAAUUGAAGUGGGUUUUUGCAGAAGUGAGAUCGUCCAGACUGUCAGAUGUUAACAGGAAUUCUUUGGA